AUGAUAUAGAACAAUUGUUAAAAAAAUGAAUAUUGGAAAUUGGUUAAAUUAUAUCAUUCUAUAUCAACAAAGAAAAUGAAGAAAAGUUUAAAUAAAUAAUUCAAACUUAGAAUGUACUCUAUUGAUAUUUAAUUUAGAAUUUAUCAGAUAAACACAGAAAACAAAAAUGUCAUACAGUUAGAACCUAUAAUUAGGAUUUUUUUAAAUAAUGCUUUCAUUUAUCCUCAAAUAGUUUAUAAUAAAGUUCUAGAAGUUUGUGAUUAUCAAAUAAUUCAAGGAAAUACCAGUAAUUGUUAAUUCUCUUAAGAAAAAAAAUAAAAAUAGAAAAGCUGA